CAGCUCUACGGACCAAUGGACUGGCGGGGGACAGCCUAUAUGAGCCGGUCCCAGCACACCUCUCGGCUUUCUGGCCGGUGCACGCCGUCGGUAGCGUGUCGUCGGGGCCGGAGCCCGCAGAGCCGCCGUCCUCCUCCCAACACCCGCCUGCUUCUCCCCCCUGCUCUCCUCUUCACUCCGGGUUCUGGCCGUCUAGGCUCCGGGGUCUGGCUAGAGAUGCCGUCGGAGAGCGGGGCCGCGAGUCCGGACGCGGCAGCGGUGGCGGCGGCUGCAGCGGCGCCCCCGGCCCUGGUCCCCCCCGCCGCUGCCCCUACCUUCAGACGAGAUGGCCCGAGUCCCGAGGGCUCCUCCGGGGCCGCACGACUGCGCUUCAGCCGGCUGAACUGGACACAGGUGCAGAGGCUGGACGCUCUUCUGGGCGAGGAGGUCCCCAUCCACGGACGCGGCAACUUUCCCACGCUGACGGUACAGCCGCUCCAGAUCGUGCAGGUGGUCCGGAGCCGCCUGGAGCAGUUGAAGGUCCCCGUGCACAGCGUCCGUCUCAACGGCUCCGCCGCCAGCCACGUCCUGCACCAAGAUAACGGCCUGGGCUACAAGGACGUGGACCUCAUCUUCCGCGUGGACCUCCAGGACGAGGCCGCCUUCCAGCUGGUGCGGGACGUGGUUCUGGACUGCCUCCUGGAUCUGCUCCCGGCCUGCGUGAACCGGACCAAGAUCACGCCGCAGACACUGACCGAGGCCUAUGUGCAGAAGCUGGUCAAGGUGUGCACGGACACCGACCGCUGGAGCCUCAUCUCCCUCUCCAACAACAGUGGCAAGAACGUGGAGCUGAAGUUCGUGGACCGCCUGAGGCGCCAGUUUGAAUUCAGCGUAGACUCUUUCCAGAUCAUCCUGGACUCGAUGCUCUUAUACAGCCAGUGCUCGUCUACCCCCAUGUCGCAGGCCUUCCACCCCUCGGUGAUGGGCGAGAGCCUGUACGGGGACUUCGAGGAGGCGCUGGAGCACCUGAGGCUCCGGCUGAUUGCCACCCACAAUCCGGAGGAGAUCCGGGGCGGGGGCCUGCUGAAGUACUGCCACCUGCUGGUGCGCGGCUUCCAGCCCUGCCCGGGCACCGACACCCAGGCGCUGCAGCGCUACAUGUGCUCGCGCUUCUUCAUCGACUUCCCGGACUUGGGGGAGCAGCGGCGCAAACUGGAGCGCUACCUGCAGGCGCACUUCGGCGGGGGCACCGGGCCCGCCUCCUAUGCCUGCUUGGUGACCCUGCACCGCGUGGUGAACGAGAGCACCGUCUGCCUCAUGGGCCACGAGCGCCGCCAGACGCUGGACCUCAUUGCCAUGCUGGCCUUGCGGGUGCUGGCCGAGCAGGGCCUCGUGGGCUGCACCGCCCUGGCCUGGCACUACCCGCCCGCCUCCUACCCCCACGGCGACGGGACCGCCCCUACCCUCAACUACUACGUGGCCCCCCUGCAGCCUCUGCUGGCCUGCACCCACUCCUCCUACCCCACCUGGCUGCCUUGCAGCUGAGCUGAGGGGGAGGCGGGGGGCCCCGUCCUCACCCGGGACCUGCGCCAGCGGGGGAACGCGUCCCCAGCCGCGCCAGGCCUGACUCUGUUAGACUUACCGAUUUGCUGUUGGGUUGAGGGUGGGGAUGUGGGUUGGGGUGUCUAAGGGCUUGUUAAUAAUCGAGUCCAGCCUAGAGGGGGACAGGGCCACGGCCUUGGGAUGGAGGGAGCCGUUCACAGGACUCCAUUCCUCCCAUCGUGGCAGAAAACCUCCAGGAGAACAAAUUGCAGGCUCUGAAGGGGCCACUUCCCUCCACGGGUGGAUUCUGUGGGGGGAACAGCAAGAGGCUGUCCAGGGCCCAGCCUGAGGAACAAGGGGGUGGGGGAGGGAAUUUUCAGUGAAAGAGCCUGGAUUUCUAAGCUCCCCCGGGUCAUCCUCCUGAUCGACCUUGAAGACCCCUCACUGCUGAGGGCCCAGGUGGGCCAAGACUAGCCUGGAAAGGAAAAAACUGACAUAUGUGGGGACAGGGAGCCAUGGGGAGCUGCCCCAGCAGCCUGGAUUUCCUCUUCCCCCAACAUUCCCCUCUAUGAAGACCUGGCCUCAGGAAAACUGGAUAGAGAUGGUGAGCUUGGGAGGAAGGGGUUAUUUAUAGGCUGGGACAGAUGGGGGCAGCUGGGUACCUCAGUGCCAGAUCCGGACUCGGGAGUCUGGUCUCAGGAAGUUUCCUAGCUGUGUGAUCCUGCACACGUCACUUCAUCCUCUGCCUGCCUUCUGUAGAAUGAGCAGGAUGACAUACCAACCCAAACCCAGGGGGAUCCAGACACCUUGGAAACUACUCACCUGGAAACUACUCAACUUGGUCAGCCCCAUCCCCGCCCCUCCUUGGGGAGGGGGCCAUUCCUGAGUCAGCAUUUUUGAUUGUUUUUGUUCACUGGUGGGGAAAGGGAGGGGUGCUUGGAUAAGGAGCCUGACUUGCCUUGCCCCACCCCACCCUAGCUACUCCAAAUCUCCCUGUGAACUCCAAAUGUUUUACUCCCCAGCAGAGUUAGGUCUUAGAUUGUAAAGAUUUCUGCCUUUGAGUGGUUUGUUUGGAGCUAUAGGGGAUGGUAUGCAGAGUGAUUGGCAGGGAGGUGGGGGGAGUCUUCCUUUUCAUCCCCCUCCCUCCCAGAUUUGAAUUGUUUUCUCCAGACUGGUAGGCGUGACUUCUUCCUUGAAGUAGAAGGGGCUAUGAAGGUCCCAAUUUAUUCCUUAGAAGCCCAAACACUCGCCACUCCUGAAGGGAAGAGGGUGGGCCUGGUAAGUGACCCUGGGAUAGGACAUCAGGCCAAUUGGACCCUGAGAGAGGGUGGAGCUGGGAAGGUGCCAACUAACUCUGGAUAUACCCCUUCCUUCCCUCAGGAGCCCAACUCCCCAACCUCUGGGUGCUAGGUGUUUUUGAGGGGGGAGAUCAUUAAGGAAGGAGGGAAUCUGGAGUUCCAGCUUAGAACUGUCUGAGGGGUCUCAGGUGUGGGAGGGAGAGACGGCAGGACUACUGAACCCACGAACCUCUCAUGAAAUAAAUUAAUAAAGUUUCUAUUUUCUCUA